UAUUGUUUACGUUCUGCUGAACAGAUAAAGGUAUCCAAAAAUGUCAUGCUAUCCAAACGGGAUAAAAGAGAAAAGAUCUGUUGAAUUAACUUGUCGCAUAUGUCUCACAGAACGGGACCAGUAUCAGCCAAUAUUCGAGAAUGGCGAUCGUUGCAUUGCUGAUUGGAUUCAAGAACUCACAUCGUUGGAGAUUCAUAAAAUUCCGGACGCCCCUGCUUCCUUAUGUUUCGAAUGUAGGUCACAUUUAGAAGCGUAUGAAUCCUUCCGAAACACAUGUAUUGCAAAUGAUAAGUUGUUCAAGGAAAUAUAUUUGGAUAAUGUGCCCCAGGACGAUAGUGAAUGUGGCACUGCAAAAAUUGAAACUAUAUUGAAAUUUGAAGACUCUGAAACGAUAACGGGUGAUGAUGAUCAAGAUGAAAAGUAUGCAGUGGCCCCGGAACAGCUACAGUACGAUGAAGGCUCCGUCUUUAAUGUUGAAUGCAAUCAGAAAAUAGAUUUUUUGAGUGAUCAAAACGCGAAUGACAAAAUCUCAGACAUCCGGGUUGUCAAACCAGGUCAUAAAGACUUCAACGAACGAAACGAUGGUAGCCCAGCGAAAGGACGCCCCAAAAAAUUAUGUACUGUUUGUAACAAGUUUGUUGCUAGGUUAAGCCGGCAUCAGCUUAUACAUGAAAAUAGAAAACCUUUUCUAUGUGAAUUUUGUUCCAAAGGAUUUAACCAUAUGAGCAACCUCAGAGAACACACAAAAACACAUACAUCGGAAUUUGUAGACUCCAAAAAGGACGAUGAAAAGUUAAUGGGAAAUGAUAAUCAGGAAGAAAACUAUGCAGAGGCCCCGGGACAAUUACAGUGUGAUGAAGACGCCUUUAAUGGUGAAUGCAAUCAGAAAAUAGAUUUCUCGUGUGAUCAAAAAGAUGGUAAUCCAGCGAAAGGACGCCCCAAAAGACUAUGUACAGUUUGCAACAAGUUCGUUGCUAGGUUAAGCCGGCAUCAGCUUAUACAUAAAAAGAUAAAACUUUUUCAAUGUGAAUUUUGUUCCAGAGGAUUCAAUCAUAUGAGCAACCUCAAAAAACACACAAAAACACAUACAUCGAAUUUUGAAGACUCUGAAAAGGAUGAUGAAAAGAUAACGGGAGAUGAUGAUCAGGGAGAAAAGUCCCCGGGACAGUUACAGUGUGAUGAAGACAAUAAGCGAAACGAUGGUAUCCCAGCGAAAGGACGCCCCAAAAAACUAUGUACUGUUUGCAACAAGUUCGUUGCUAGGUUAAACCGGCAUCAGCUUAUACAUAAAGAAAUAAGACUUUUUCAAUGUGAAUUUUGUUCCAAAGGAUUCAACCAUAUGAGCAAUUUUAAAGAACACACAAAAACACAUAUAAUGAAACUUAUAGACUCUGAAAAGGACGAUGAAAUGAUAAUGAAAGAUGGUGAUCAGGAAGAAAAUUAUGCAGUGGCCCCGGUACAGUUACAGUGUGAUGAAGACUCCGCCUUAAAUAGUAAUUGCAAUCAGAAAAUCGAUUUUUUAGGUGAUCAAAACGCGAAAGGCAAAACCUCAGACAUCCGGGUUGUCAAACCAGUUCAUGAAGACUUCAACGAGCGAAACGAUAGCCGUCCAGUUUUAACGAAACAACGCCCCAAAAAACUAUGCACUGUUUGCAACAAGUUUGUUGCUAGGUUGAGCCGGCAUCGGCUUAUACAUAAAAAUAUAAAACUUUUACAAUGUGAGUUUUGUUCCAAAGGAUUCAACCAUAUGGGCAGCCUCAAAAAACACAUUCGGACACACACUAAGGAAAAACCAUAUUUAUGUAACUGGUGUGAUAAGGGUUUUACAACAUCAACGGAUCUGAAGGUUCACGUACGGAGUCACACACAGGAGAAGCCGUACGGGUGCGAUCAAUGUGGGAAAUGUUUCACAACGUCCGGUCAUCUGUUGAGACACACUCGAUCUCAUCACAGCGGGGAGAAACUUUACUCGUGAGAUUUCACAAACGGUUACAUUAAUUAGGAUAUCGUUAUAGUUGUCCCGUUUGUGAAAAUAAAAUCAUGCAAGCGGAUUCUUUGAAGGUACAGAAAUGUGAUUUGUAAAACAUGGAUUAUGUAG